AUGAACCCCUUAAUUUCUGCUGCGUCUGUUAUUGCUGCUGGAUUAGCUGUAGGUUUAGCUUCUAUUGGACCUGGUAUUGGUCAAGGUACUGCUGCCGGUCAAGCAGUAGAAGGUAUUGCUAGACAACCAGAAGCAGAAGGUAAAAUUCGAGGCACGUUACUGCUAAGUUUAGCAUUUAUGGAAGCUUUAACUAUUUAUGGUCUAGUUGUAGCAUUAGCGCUUUUAUUUGCAAAUCCUUUUGUUUAA